AUGAAGAUGGUCUCAGCACUGCUUCUGCUGAGCACCCUCCUGGGUACCCCCGCGGCACCUUCCCGGCAUCCCUCUUGUUACAGGAGAGCCCUCAAAGACCACAACUGUGAAAGCAUCUCUGAAGGCAGGGAGAACCUUCGUCGAAUCACUGAUGGUCUGCAGAAUCACUUUUGGGAAGGGAAGGGCUGUGACAUGAUCUGUUACUGCAGCUGGAAUGAAUUGCUCUGCUGCCCAAAGGAUAUUUUCUUUGGACCAAAGAUAUCUUUUGUGAUUCCCUGCAACAGUUGGUGA